AUGGUAGAUCAAGUAUCUACUGGAGGAGAGAGUGGAAGAGACAAACGUAUCUGUCAUAUUUUAAGGGAUUUGGGACCAUCAUGCACAUACAGUAUUGAAUCUUUUGGAGAAGUAAUACAGAGUUGGAAAUUUGACACUGGAAAUAUAGUGAGAGAAAUAGUAGAUGCCAUGAUAUAUAUGCUAGGACAUACAUCAAGUGACGGUAUUGGAGACAGGAGACUAUUAGAUAAUGAGUCAAGUAAUUUUACAGCAGUUUUGCGAGCUCGAUGGAAUGAAUUGAGUAAUACUGUAGCUGAUGCACAGUUUAAUAAUAACAGUACUUAUGAAUAUAUGAAAUCAGGUUGGAAUCCAAGUGUGUUUGUAGCAGGUACAAAUAAGGCUGUUUCGUUAUAUGAGAAGAAUUCCGUUGUCCCGUGGGAUAUUGUAUUCACAGAAUUUAUAAAAUCAGAUAAUAACCUACUUAUAGAAGAGAAUGAUGGAUCUUUCGAGUUAUUCUGUGGUCUAUAUGGUUGCAGUAUCAAGCAUGAUAGCAAUAACAAUAAUAUACAACAUCACGGUUUGAAUUGUAUCGUCCCUUUGCGAAUAUUCAUAAAAGAAGAAUGGAAAAAUAUUAAUGUGUUGUCAGUUUUUCUCCUCAAAAUAUGCAGAAUGUGUUUUGAAGUAAAUGAUGAUAUGAAUCAUGCUAAAUAUCAGGAUAACCCACCAAGUCAAAAUUUAGAUAUUUCUGGAGUAAAUGGUGAGCCAAUAUUGGACUCUAGAGAUGAUAUCAUUGUAACUUUGGAUGAAUCUCUUAUUCAUCCCUCUAUUGUUGAAAUAUGCAACACAACCCUUUCAGAAUUGAUAAAUGAAGGUAUAGUGGGUAAACCUGAUGAUACUUUACAGAAAUAUGGUUUGUCAAAACUAGGAAAUCGCUCAUCUAAUGGAUCUUGUGGAAUAUGGAUGUGCUUACAUCUAGUUCAACUACUUAUUUCUUUAUGUAAAAAGCUGGAAAAUGAUGAGAUACGUGAUAAGGUGCAUUAUCUACUGUUUUACGAAGCACCUAAAUAUGCCCCUGUUGGUAUUUUAGUCUCAAUAUCUCAAAUUUAUGAUUGUAGUAUGGAAUAUGCAAAUAUAUCCGAAGAGCUGAGAAUUAAGAUUCAGGAACUAAAUAAUAUUGUAAUUCCAAAUAGAAAGAUUUCCUCAUUAAGCCUAAUUAGGCUUUGCCUUCCAAACAUCCGCAAUUUUAUAUUAGCACCUUUAAAUAGCAAUAUUGCCUCAACCAAUCCUUUAUCUUCAUCAUAUGACAAGGAAUUCCACCUUGGUAGAUAUUUUGAUCCAGUAUUACUACUGUUAUUUACUGCUGUUAAUGCAAAUCCUUCAAAGCAUGGAAAGUGUCAAUUUGUACACGAUUUACUAGGGCAGAUAUCUUUAUGUUACUGUAUUGCAUCAAUAACUAUUAUGUCGAGUAUAUCUAAGCUUACUAGAGAUACAUUUUGGUCAUAUUGUUAUGACGAAUGGAGCUAUCAAAUCCCAUUUUCGUUAAAUGACGAUGAGAAAUGUAUUGAAACUGAUGAACAUACAAGUAACAGUGAAAAAUACCAAGCCUUUAUGAAAGAUUAUUCUGCAGAAUGUAUAGACUACUUCCACUGGUGGUUUCUUACUUUAGAUCUAAUAUUUGCAGCACUUAGUUUAGGUUCUCUUGGAUCACCAGAACUAUGCAAGAGUGAAUGUAGUGAUUCUCGCCAAUCUGCUUCAGAAGUACUUUCUUACUUAUUUAAAUUGAGACUGAAUAGCGCCCCUGAUAAUAGUGAUACAGUUAUAUUUGUGGCCUGUAUACUUGACUAUCUACGUGCUCGUUUAGUUUAUAUGACAUAUGCAUCUGCAGAUUUACAGAUGGUCCUGGUUAAUAGACGUGCAUUUCUACCAACACUACCCACUAAGUCUCCUUCUAAUUUAAAAAUAUAUGCUGCAAGAAUUGUUAGGAGAAAUUUGUCUCUUGGGAAACCUCAGCUACCAUCUCCAACAGAUUCAUGGAAGUCAUCCUGUGAGACUUCAUCAUUUGCUUAUUCUUGCUGGUGCUUAAGCUCAUUCUCAGUUGAAAUUGCCAGAAAUUCUCUUGAAGCUGAGGGUGCUGAUAUAUUUGGAUAUGAGAAGGGUUCAAUAGAUGGGUUAAUUAAUGCUCUUAAAGAAUUUGAAAGAAUUACUGAUACUCAGAUAGAUAGUGAAUUAGCUUUAGUUUCAGCACUCCCUGCUAGAGAUAUAGAUAAGAUAAAUAUAAAUAUAAAUAUAAAAGAUACCUCUUCAGAUUAUAGUGAAGAUCAGGUACCUAAACAAUUGUCUGGGGGCUACUUGAAAAAUAUUGAAGAAGUUAGCCAGAUAGAGAAGUCACCAAGCUAUAUUUCAGAGCCAUUGUCUCCAAUCCCUUGCGAGGUUAAUAUAAAUAGCUCUACUAAAGAGUUUGCUGAUUGUAAUUCAAGUAUUGAUAUUGGGAGUGAAGUAAAGGAAUAUUUUACGAAGUGUUAUACUAGACAGGUUACUGUCAAUGAUUUUAUUACUACUAUGAAGACACUUCAUUUGACAGCAAUCAAUAGUCCUAAUGAAGCUACAAAGGAGAGUAAAUUGUUCAACGCAAUAUUACAUACACUAUUUGAUGAGUGCAGGUCAUUUCCUAAAUAUCCACCUAUGGAAUUAAGUAUCACUGCUCACUUAUUAGGUCGGUUGGUACAUGAAGACUUGUUGAUUUCUUAUGGUAAUGCUUUAGUAUUUGUCUUAAGAUGUAUAUUAGAGGCACUUCGAAAGGUCCCAUGGACAAAAAUGUUUUGCUUUGGUAUCAUUGCAAUGGAGCAAUUCAUUGAUCGUUUCAUCCACUUCCCCCAAUUUUUGUCAGCUAUUUGUAAUAUCUCAUCCUCCUUGAAACCUGUUAUUGGUGAGUACAUUGAAUACUGUGAGGAAUGUUACUUUAUUUUGCCUGAAAAUUUGCGCAAUAUACUUUAUGUUGACAAUGAUACUCUUGAGCAUUUAGGAAUAAAAGAACCCACACCUCCUUCGACUAUUAUAUCACUGUUACAUCCAGAAGUGAUCGCACUUGGGUUUAAUAGUCCUAAUACUAACUUGAAUAUUGACACAAGAUCUAAUUUCAGUUCAAUAAUGGAUCGCAAGUUUGGGAGUCUUAUUACACUAAAUUUGAAGGGGAGAACUCAGCUCCCAAGUAAUGUAACAAUGGAACAGUUACAAGGCUUUGGGUUGGGUAGCUUGGAGAAAUUAAUUAAUGACCCUUCUAUAAUUCAGACAUUACAAAUUCCACCUGAGCAAACUAUAGAGCAUAUUUUUACUGUAUGUAAUACUUUGGCAAGCACAAAUAUUGAUAUGAAGGUUGCAGAGAUAGCAGAUAUAUUGAAGAAUAAUCCGCAGUAUGGUCCUUGGUUUGCAUUCUAUUUGGUAAAAAGUAGAGCUUCUAAAGAGAAGAAUAAUCACUCUAUAUAUAUUAGCUUUUUACUUCGCCUAGAUGCUGCUUUGCAGAAGAAUGGCACUAUUAUUGACUCUAAUUCAUGCUCAAGACUUAAGAUACUGCCUUCCUUAGACAAUAAUUCCAUACAGCCAAUCGUGCAUAAAGGGCAAAUUGGAAAGAGUGAAGGUUAUAUCAUUGAAACGGUAACCUUGGCAAGCUAUGACUGUAUUAAGGCACUGCUUUGUUUUGCGAGUUUACUUAAUGAUGUGUCGUCGUAUGUAAAUGUUUUGCGAAAUUUAGGAUUCUGGCUAGGCCAAAUAACAAUUGGUCGUAAUCAACCAAUUAUUCACAAGUAUUUGAAUCCAAGACAACUUGUUAUAGAUAGUUAUUCAUGUGGUUGUAUUGCUUCAGUUUUACCAUUUAUUUGUAAAAUACUGGAAAAUGUCAAGAGUAGUUGUUUCAAACCUCCAAAUCCUUGGACUAACAACCUGUUAUAUUUACUCGCUGAAGUUCAUUCAGUAUCUAAUGCAAAAUCAAAUAUGUUUGAGGUAGAACUACUAUUUAAGCAACUUGAUCUGAGCCUAAUGGACUACAUUGGGAAGACUGACUUUUUGAAUCUUAAUAUUCAGAAGAUACGUACUGGUGGUACUACAUCUUCUACUAACGAAGAUAGACCAAGAGCGGUAUCAAGUAAUAGUACAUAUCUUAUCAAUGGCAAUCAUGGAGAUACAAGUUCUAAUGUACAUGUAAAUUCUGGAAAUAUAAGCAAUGUAACUACACAGUCUCAGAUAUUUCAAAGUGGAACUGCAGAUUCUCAACUUGCAUCAACAUUCUUACCACCUGGAUAUUCAGGCUCACAAAUGAUAUUACAACAGUCACAAGCCCAACAUAUUCCUUCAUCUUCAUCUGAUAUCCAAUAUUGGGCCAAUAAAGUAUUAAUAUCACCCUCAGUAGCUCUUUUCCAAAUACAACCUUCUUUACGUCCUCUUGUUCCUCUAGCUUUAGAUAGAUCAAUAAGAGAGAUACUUCAAGUUGUUAUACCAAGGUCAGUAAGAAUUGCAGCCUUGACAACCCGUGAAGUAGUGGGUAAAGAAUUUGCGUUUGAACAAGAUGAAAAUAUAUAUAAGAGAGCAGCUCAUUUGAUGGUUGCUGCACUUUCAGGUUCUAUGGCUGUUGCUGCAUGCCGUGAGCCACUUAGAGUGGCUUUCACAGGUCAGUUAAGACAGGUUUUACAUCCAAACCCAACUAGAGAGGGCGAGGAUCAUGUCUUGAUUGAACAGGUAAUUCAAGUCAUUUGUAGUGACAAUAUCGAUUUGGGUUGCCAAGUUGUUGAGCAGGCAGUUAUAGAACGUGCUAUUGAAGAAGUAGAUGACAUAAUCUCUCCCGGAAUUAUAGCUAGGAGGAAAGCUCGUGAAGCAGGGCAUCCAUUCGUUGAUAUAAACUAUUAUGGAGGUCCUAACACACAGAAUGCAGCAACUUUUUGGGCUUCUUUACCUGAUUCCUUGAAGUAUCGUUCGGGAUCUCUAAGGCAUUUACAAUUAUAUAAGGACUUUUUACAAUAUACAGCCAUGAGGAAUAUAGAACGUCGCGAUAAUAGUGGACUAUUGCUUGAUACUACAGGGAACCAGCAGCCAACUCAAUCUGUAAACAAUGUCUCAAUAUCUACUGUAGGUACAAAUUCAAAUGUAAGUGACUUGUAUAGUCAACAUCAGUCACAGCAAAUGAACUCAUCUUCAGUUGUGAGCAGUGCACAUGGUAAUCAAUAUUUGCAGCAUGAAUCAUUAAGUGGAACUAAUUCAAACAAUUCUUUAUCAUCUCCGAUAGUUCAACCACCAGAACCGGUGAGAGUUCCUUUAGUUUAUGAAUUAGCAUAUCAACCUUUGAUGAUGAGGAUAGAAGAAUGCCUUGGUCAGAUUAAAGAUAUAAUUCGUGAAAUUGCACUAUAUCCUCCUAUAAUAGCGAAGCAAAAUUCAACUGUGCCAGUUUCGAAUACUUUGAGUGCCAGUGGUAUUUCAGUAAACAUUACAGAACCUAUAAAGUACUCACUUCCACUUGGUUCAAAUAUAGUUUCAGUUCAUUUACCAACUACAGCUCAUAUAGUACUCUCUAUCCUGGUUUCUUUACCUUCUGAUCAUAAUAUCUUCUAUUUAUGCCGGAUCUUAUUUGUUAUAGGCUCAUCAAUUUCUCAUAGAGAAGAUGCACUUAUUGGAAUGGCUCAGAAGUUAUUUAAAACUUUAUUUGAUGCUGGAGCAGCUUUUCAACAGAGUAUUACUGGUGUAGUACCAUCUAGUCGUUAUAUAACUGCAUCUUUAGGAUGUGAUGCAGCACUUAUACAUAUUGAAGUAUUUCUUACAUUAUGUCACCAAUUGUCACUUUACAAUCAUGAAUUUUGGCUCAAGCUCCGAAAGGAAGCCACGGGUUGGUUUAUUUAUACUAUUGAAGAUCCUAAGUAUUCUAUUGACAUAGUUGUUGGUGCAUUAAGAUAUGAUCUCGUACCACUUGAUGAAUUUGACAUUUCACUUUCUAGUUUAUUGGAUAAUGCACUCACUUCAUUGUCUGACUCUAACUCAGCCCCUGGCUAUCACAGUCAUAGAGGAAUGCGCGUUGUUGAAUUUGUAUUAAAGCUUUUCUAUAGAAGUCUAGAGGAUUGGCAUUUUCCAAUAUUCCAGAAACUACCUAUUACAACUCAGAUAGUAAUAAAUCGCCUUGCUGCAAAUAGCAAUACUAUUUUGCAAAGUAGUAAUAUUUCAUCGAUUCCUGUUAUAUUACCAGGAUCUUCUCUCAAGCCACAUCCUAUAACUGUAACCUUAGGAGAUCUCAGGCUUCGAGUUGAGUCAUCAUUAUUGGCAUUUACUGCCAGCAAACAUAAUAAGUGUAUUAAUGAUUAUUGGAUAGGUGGUGUAGUUCCUACAAUCUUAACUUUUCAGAAUAUUAUUCAGAGAAAUACUGACCUAAUAUUGACACCGCACUAUGCGGCUAUUCCAUAUCCUAUUUCACCCUCUUUUGACGUUAUAAAAGGAGUAAAUACUAUUUUUGAUGAAUGGAUUUUGCUAUUAAGAAUUACUGUUUUCAAUGGAUGUGGUGCAACUGAACGUAAUAAUCCUUAUCGAAAUCUAUUUUUGCAGCGACUUUCUAGGCAAGGAUUAUUAAGAAUGGAUGAUACUACUGAGAAGUUUUUCACAGUAUGUACUGAGAGAGCUAUUACUUUAAGUUUAAAUAGUGGGUUACAAAAAGGAAAUUCUGAUGACUUACCUUUAGCAGAAUUGACUGUGAAACCGAAUAUGGAUCCUUUUCCGCUAGAUGCACUUGUAAGGCUAAUAACAACUAUGGCUAGAUAUAUUGAUCCACAACAAAUGACAGCUGUUGUAAUAACACACAAAUUUUUAUCGAUAUUAGUAAGAAUAAUACAUCGUGAUGCUGAAAACACCAACUUUAAUCAGCGACCAUAUUAUCGUAUUUUUUAUUCACUCCUUGAAGAGUAUGAUACUAUUGGUUUUAAUACUGAAUUGAUCCAUUUCACUUGUAUGCUGAGUAUUAUUCAUAAUUUGCAAUAUCUCAAUCCUAAUAGAGUUCCAAGUUUUGUAUACGCUUGGGUACAGAUCAUAUCAAAUAAUCGUUUGUUCCCUUACUUACUGCGUCACAUUAAAGGUUGGCAACCAUACCAUGCACUACUACUUCAAUUAUUUAUUUUUAUUUCUCCAUAUUUACGUAAUGUUCAGUUGGAAACCAGUAUUAAAAGCAUAUAUGGUGCUCUUUUAAGAAUUCUUCUUGUACUAUUACAUGACUUUCCUGAAUUCCUUUGCGACUACAGUUGUAGUUUUUGUGAUACUCUUCCAAGUAAUUGUAUCCAAAUCCGUAAUUUAAUUCUGUCAUCAUUCCCACGAAAUAUGAAGCUACCUGACCCAUUUUUACCUACUCUCAAGAUAGAAAAUUUACCUGAAAUGAAGAUGGUACCAAGGAUGAUGGCUAAUUAUGGAGUAUAUAUUUUGUACAAAGGUAUUAAAUUUGACAUAGACAAAUACUGGAUUUCUAGAGAUAUUACAAUACUAUCUGUUAUAUUGAGUAAGUUGAAGUUACUGAAGGAGGAUGCGCUUAGAUUUGGAAGUAAAUAUUCCUUACCAGUGAUAACGGGUUUGUUACUUUAUGUUGGGAUAUAUCUCCCAAAUGGAGUCACCACAAACAGCAACAGUGAUAACAAUAGCACUAUUUCUAGUAACAAUGUGAAUAAUAUCAAUAGAAAGGUCAAUGAAUCUAUUGAGCAAACAACUAGUAAUGUAGGAGCUUCAAUUAUAGAGGAUCAAACUCAACAAUCUCUAGAAAUAUUUGAGACAGUAAGCAACCCAUCUCUGAGUAUUUUUCUAUUUUUAUGUAAAACUCUCGAUAUGGAAGGUAGAUUUGUCUUUGUAUCAGCUAUCGCAAACUUCCUGGGAUAUCCAAACUCACAUACAUACUACUUUAGUAGCUUGCUAUUAUGGCUAUUUGCUAAGUGCAAUGAUUCCAUAUUACAGGAACAAAUUACCCGUGUGUUACUGGAAAGGUUGAUUGUUCAUCGUCCUCAUCCUUGGGGGUUACUAAUAACAUUCAUUGAAUUAAUUAAAAAUCCUAAAUAUUCUUUUUGGAGCUGUUCAUUUGUACAUCUGGCACCAGAGGUUGAGAAGUUAUUUCAAUCUGUGGCUCAGACCUGCCUUGGACAAAAUCCUAUGAAAUUUAACUCAACUAACUCUCCAAAUGCUUCAUAA